UAUAUUUCCCUCCUUUUCUAACACAUGCGAAAGUAUUCUGCUUUGGGAAAAUGUUUUAAUUUAUUAUAAAAUAAAGAGUAUUAAUAUUCUUAAAGUGAGCGAAUUUUUUUAAAAGUGAUAAAAUAGAUUGAAUGUUGUCGAAGAAGUGUAUUGUCAAUUUGAUAAUAUUUGCGAAUGCAGAUUUUUUCGAAUAUUGUGAAAUUCGCAUGGAGAUUACAAAAACACUGUAGCGCUGACUCUGUUGAAAGGCACGUGUACUUGCUGCAACAAUUAAGGAACGCGUCUUUAAUUACAACCAAAUCCUAUUCAUAUAUUAUUACCGCAAAAUCUAAUAAAAAAAAAUUACACUAUCCUGUCAACAUGACAGAUCCUAAAAUUGAAGAAGAAUUGACCUCGUAUCGUGCGAGUGUCAAAGAACAAGGAGAUAAAGUACGUCAAUUAAAAGCCGAUGGAGCGCCAGAAAUUGAUGUUAAAAAAGCUGUUGCAGAAUUAAAGAUUCGUAAAAAAUUACUUGAAGAUAAAGAAUUGUCAUUAAUUCCAGAAGCAGCAAAUUUCGAUAGAGGUCGUAUGGAAGAUUUAUUGAAACGACGAUUUUUCUAUGAUCAAUCAUUUGCGAUUUAUGGUGGAAUUACAGGAUUAUAUGAUUUUGGUCCAAUGGGCUGUUCAUUUAAGGCAAAUAUUCUCAGUGAAUGGAGGAAAUUUUUUAUUCUCGAGGAACAAAUGUUAGAGGUUGAUUGUUCAAUUUUAACACCUGAACCAAUAUUAAAAGCAUCGGGUCACGUUGAUAGAUUCGCUGAUUUAAUGGUGAAAGAUGUAAAAAAUGGCGAAUGCUUUCGAUUGGAUCAUUUAAUAAAAAAUCAUUUAGAAAAAGUAUCAUCUGACAAAAAAUGCACUCAAAUUAUUAAAGAAGAAUGUAAUGAUAUAAUUAUCAAACUCGAUGGAAUGAAUAAAAGUGAAAUGACAGAAAUUUUACGAAAAUUUAAUAUGAAAUCGCCAAUUUCAGGAAAUGAUUUAACCGAUCCAGUGGAAUUUAAUUUAAUGUUCGGUACACAAAUUGGACCCACAGGGCUUGUGAAGGGAUUUUUGAGACCUGAAACAGCGCAGGGAAUUUUUGUGAAUUUCAAAAGAUUAUUGGAAUUUAAUCAAAAGAGACUUCCAUUUGCCGCUGCACAAAUUGGAAAUGCUUUUCGUAAUGAAAUAUCACCAAGAUCGGGAUUGAUUCGAGUGAGGGAAUUCACAAUGGCGGAAAUUGAACAUUUCUGCGAUCCUGAGGACAAGAGUCAUCCGAAAUUUGAUAAUGUGAAAAAUACACCAAUGUUAUUGUAUUCGGCUUGUAAUCAAAUGGAUGGCAAAUCAGCGGAGACGAUAACAAUUGGAAAUGCAGUUGAAAAUGGUCUUGUGGCAAAUGAAACACUUGGCUAUUUUAUGGCGAGAAUUCAAUUAUUUUUAUUGAAAAUUGGCGUUGAUUCGAAUAAAUUACGUUUUCGUCAACAUAUGGGAAAUGAAAUGGCACACUAUGCUUGCGAUUGUUGGGACGCUGAGUGUUUAACAUCGUAUGGAUGGAUUGAAUGUGUUGGAUGUGCUGAUAGAUCGGCUUAUGAUCUUACUCAACAUACAAAAUCAUCGGGUGUAAAAUUGGUUGCCGAUAAGAAAUUAAUGGAACCAAAACAAAUUAAUGUAGUUGAAGCGGCACCAAAUCGUGGCCUAAUUGGUAAAACAUUCAAAAAAGACGCUAAGGAAAUUUUAUCCUCUCUUGCUGCUUUAAAAGAAUGCGAUAUUGAUUCAAUGGAAGCUGAUUUUAAAGCAAAAGGCUCAUUUGAUUUACAAUUAGCCGAUGGUGCAUCUUGUGAACUUAAAGAAGAAAUGGUAACGGUGAAACGAUAUCAGAAAAUGAUUCAUGUUGAAGAAAUAACACCAUCGGUUAUUGAACCAUCUUUUGGCGUUGGUCGUGUGAUGUACGCAAUUUUUGAACACAGUUUUAAAAUGAGAGAAGGCGACGAACAGAGAAGUUAUUUCAGUCUUCCGCCUGUUAUUGCGCCAUUGAAAUGUUCUGUUUUGCCUCUUGGAAAUAAUGCGGAAUUCGAUCCCUUCGUGAAGAAUCUAUCUCGAGAUUUAACGAAUAAUGACGUAUCACAUAAAGUCGAUGACUCAUCAGGCAGUAUUGGACGUAGAUAUUCGAGAACUGAUGAAAUUGCAAUUCCAUUUGGAAUUACAAUUGAUUUUGAUACUUUUAAAAUGCCUCACAGUGCAACAUUGAGAGAACGUGACUCAAUGAAACAAGUUAGAAUAAAUUUGGAUGUAUUGCCGGAAGUUGUAAGAGAUCUCUCGAAUGGAAAAAUAACUUGGAAGGAAGUUGAACAAAAAUAUCCCAAAUUUGAACAAGAGGAAUCAGUAUAAAUUUCGUAAUGAUUAGUUGUUUAAAAAUUUUACACAUUGUAAUAAAAUUUAAUAAAUUAAAGCAAUUUUUUU